ACCAGUCCGGGUUAAAGGGUCCGGGGAGAGCGGAUAUAGUGAAUGCAGGGUCCGGGGAGAGCGGAUAUAGGGGAUGCAGGAUCCGGGGAGAGCGGAUAUAGUGAAUGCAGGGUCCGGGGAGAGCGGAUAUAGUGAAUGCAGGGUCCGGGGAGAGCGGAUAUAGGGGAUGCAGGGUCCGGGGAGAGCGGAUAUAGUGAAUGCAGGGUCCGGGGAGAGCGGAUAUAGUGAAUGCAGGGGUCCGGGGAGAGCGGAUAUAGUGAAUGCAGGGUCCGGGGAGAGCGGAUAUAGUGAAUGCAGGGUCCGGGGAGAGCGGAUAUAGGGAAUGCA